UCUUUGUUUGGACGGCACUCAUCAUCCCAGAUGGGGCCCUCUUCUCCUGCGGCUUCUCAGGGCUUGCCGUGCACUCCCCGGCUCAUGUGGUAGCCCAGUUCAGCAGACGGACCUGAAGUGUUAUAAAUAGCACAACGAUAGACCAGGAAGCCAUCCCGUGCACCAGGACAGAACAUGCGUUCCCCGCUUUUUGAGUCAUUUCCUGGGAUCGUGUGGUGGGAGUGACUUCUAGUGCAGCAAGAAAGACUUGAGUUAGACAAGCAGAAGCACACGCCUCCCUACCUCAUGGCGACAGAAAAUGGAGCAGUCGAGCUGGAAAUCCGGAGCCUGUCAACAGACAAGGCACCUAAAGGGGCAGCAGGUGAAGGACCCUUGGCUGCAGAGAAAGACCCUGGGCCCCCAGACCCAGAGAAGGAUCCUGGGCCCCUAGACCCACAGAAAGAACUUGGUCCCCCAAACCCAGAAAAAGAACUUGGUCCCUCAAACCCAGAAAAAAAACUUGGUCCCCCAGACCCUGAGAAGGAUCCUGGCCCUCCAGACCCAGAGAGAGAACCUGUUCCACUCACGCUGAAGACAGAUGCUGAAGUCCCAGCCCCAGAGAAAGGGGAUGGUGCCUUGGCCCCACCCUCAUCCGGCAGCCAGGGCCCUGAGGGAGAAGGCAACCUGGGUGGGGGGCCUGCGGAGGGCAGUGCUGGGCAGCCGGCGGCCCUGCCCCAGGAGACUGCGACCGCCAAGGCCAGUGUCAAGAAGCCUGAUGCCGAGCAGGGGGCCCCAGGCAGCCAGGACCCUGGAGAACCCAAGGCGCACAAGAAGGUGGCAGAGGGCCAGUCAGCAGCCAGGAGGGGCUCACCCGCCUUUCUGCACAGCCCCAGCUGCCCUGCUGCCCUCUCGAGCCCUGAGAAGCUGCUGGCUGAGAAGCCCCCAAAUGAGGCAUCAGAGCUCAUCUUUGAAGGGGUCCCUGUGACCCCCGGCCCCACGGAUCCCGGGCCAGCCAAGGUAGCAGAGGAAGAGAAGAACACCCCGGAAGGGAGCCAGAAGGAAGCAGGAGAGGAGGCUCAAAGCCAGGCUGACCAGGCUAAGGUGCAAGGGGACACCCCAAGGGGGAUCGAGUUCCAGGCUGCUCCCUCGGAGAGAUCGGAGGUGGAGCAGGCCCUCAGUCCCACACCCAGGGAAGAGGACUGCUUCCAGAUUUUGGAUGACUGCCCGCCACCCCCCGCUCCCUUCCCCCACCGCAUCGUGGAGCUGAGGACUGGGAACGUCAACAGUCAAUUCAGCCUGAACUCCAAGGAGGCGCUUGGCGGGGGCAAGUUUGGAGCCGUCUGUACCUGCGUAGAGAAAGCCACAGGCCUCAAGUUGGCAGCCAAGGUCAUCAAGAAACAGACACCCAAAGACAAGGAAAUGGUGAAGCUUGAGAUCGAGGUUAUGAACCAGCUGAACCAUCGCAACCUGAUUCAGCUUUAUGCGGCCAUCGAGACCCCACAUGAGAUCGUCCUGUUCAUGGAGUACAUCGAGGGCGGUGAGCUCUUCGAGAGGAUUGUGGAUGAGGACUAUCAUCUGACUGAGGUGGACACCAUGGUGUUUGUCAGGCAGAUCUGCGACGGGAUCCUCUUCAUGCACAAGAUGAGGGUUCUACACCUGGACCUCAAGCCAGAGAACAUCCUGUGUGUCAACACCACGGGCCAUUUGGUGAAGAUCAUUGACUUCGGCCUGGCACGGAGGUAUAACCCCAAUGAGAAGCUGAAGGUGAAUUUUGGGACCCCAGAGUUCCUGUCACCUGAGGUGGUGAAUUACGACCAAAUCUCCGAUAAGACAGACAUGUGGAGUAUGGGGGUCAUUACCUACAUGCUGCUGAGUGGCCUCUCCCCCUUCCUGGGAGAUGAUGACACGGAGACCCUGAACAAUGUUCUAUCGGGCAACUGGUACUUUGAUGAGGAGACCUUCGAGGCUGUGUCAGAUGAAGCCAAAGACUUUGUCUCCAACCUCAUCGUCAAGGACCAGCGGGCCCGGAUGAAUGCUGCCCAGUGCCUUGCUCAUCCCUGGCUCAACAACCUGGCAGAGAAAGCCAAGCGCUGUAACCGACGCCUCAAGUCCCAGAUCCUGCUUAAGAAAUACCUCAUGAAGAGGCGCUGGAAGAAAAACUUCAUUGCUGUCAGCGCUGCCAACCGCUUCAAGAAGAUCAGCAGCUCGGGGGCACUGAUGGCUCUGGGGGUCUGAGCCCCUGGAGCAGCUGAUGCCUGGACGCAGCCGCACGGUGGUCGGGGCUGAGGCCACACAGCCCAGAAAGCCGGAGCAGAUGGGCCAGGUCCCCAGGGCAGGCUGGCCAGGACAAGGCAGCGCCAGGCUGGGAGGCUCGGGGCUCCCCACGCCCCCGUGCAGUGACCGCUUCCCCGACAUGAGCUGCCUCGGAUGUGGCCUGACUCCAUCCUGCUAAUGCCUCCCCAGACAGAGCUCUGGCCCAUCAGCCAGAGCCCAGACGCCAAAGGCCCUGUGGUUCCCGCCCCAGCUCCCCCUCCUAGAACUGCUGCUCGGUGACCCCUGCUUGGCCUCACCUGGGGCAUCCCUGGCCUGGGCUUGCUCCUAGCCAGAGUGGGAGGGCUGGGGGGGUCCCAGCUUGUGGGGUUUCUGCCUUUGUGGAUGGGAGGCCCUUGGUGGGGCAGGAAGGCAGACGGCUGAUUCCUAAGGCCCAGCUGCCAAGGGAGACAGAGCAGCCUUUGUGAAAAAGGACCUCUAUGCCCCCGUCCGCCUCCCCACUCCCAACAGAUAAGGCCUAGCACACACCAUCUGGCCUGGGCCCGGCCUCCGCCCACCUUCCUAGCGACCACCAACACACAGGAACUGCGAGUGAGAGAGAGGAUGAGAGAGAGGACGCCCAGCCCAAGUCUGGUGGAGGGGGAGGGGAGAGGCCUGGGGGACAGAGGAGACCACCCCCGAGCUUGCCUGAGGGCCAGGCCGGCCCAACCCAGCCACUCUGGGCCCCCAUCCCAAGGGUCACCCACAGCCUCAGAUGAUAGGGUUGGCAGGCCCAGGAGGAGUGGGGAGGCUGUGGGGCAGCCCCCAACCUGCUCUCAGCUUGUGCCUUGUAAAUAAAUGUACAGGUUGUAUGUGGC